CAAAUUUCUCUAAAAAUGCCUAUUGAUGCCAAAUGCGUCAACGAUUUUAAGCCCCCGUUUAGUCGUGCAUUCUCGACUAGAGUUUUCUUACUUGUUGUGCCUAAAUAUUUAGCAUCCAAGAAGUUUCCAUUGUCCGUAGGAAUGAAUUUCAAGUACUGUUUGCUGCUGUUAUCUAUGCUGCUAGCCGGCGCUAGCGCUAGACCGACCUCAGACCCGCUCUCAGAGCCGCCUUGCUAUAGCCCACCGUGGUGUGGACCUCCCGGCCCACCCGGUACCCAAAAUAAGUAGAGUCGUUUAUUUUCGUAAUUAUUUCGUACCAUUUGCGAAAACAAUUAAACUUCCAUAAAGCAUACAAAUAA